UUCAGAUUUUCUAGCUACUUCCUGCAGCUAGUGACCUGCCGUGAGCACAUCAAGUUCGUUCACCCAUGGCCUCCGCCUCGGGUCUCUUCGCCACGGCGCUCGUCAUGGCGCUCAUGCUCAGCAGCUCCAGCCACGCCGCGCGCCGCCUCGCGGACGACACGACUCCGGCGGCUGCGCCCGCCGCCGUGCCGAAGCCGCCUUUGCCCACCGUGCCCGCGGCCGCCUUGCCACCCAUGCCAGCAGUAGUGCCAGCGGCGACCUUGCCACCCAUGCCAGCCGUGCCGACGGUCCCGUCGACGACCCUCCCGCCGAUGCCCGCGGUGCCUACCGUGCCGAACGCGGCGAUGCCACCCAUGCCGGCCGUUCCCGCCGUGCCGAAGGUGACGCUGCCACCGAUGCCCUCCGUCCCCAAGGUGACCCUGCCGCCGAUGCCCUCCAUCCCCGGCGUGCCGAUGCCAUUCUUGGCGCCGCCUCCUUCGGCAUAAUCGAAAUCAAGAAUGCUUGAGUCGCUCCAUCGAGUAUCUGUAUUGUAUUUCAUUAGCUUCUUUUUUAUGUGUCUAGCGGUUGGAGAUGUAUUGGGUUACGCCAUUGAUUGCUUUGUAUAUGUACAGAGUGCUCCGCGCUAUAUAUGGGUAUGUUAAUAAAAUCCCUUCUCAUCCAACAUGCUUAGUUUUA